CCCAACGCCCGGGAUCAGAAUGUCCCCCGGUAACAAGAGCGUUCCGGAUUACGGGGCGGAGCUGCAGCAACCCACCAUAAAAAUGAGGCUGAUCUAAGCGAAAAGAAAACAGGAGCGCAGAAGGUCGGGCAUAAAGACAGUAUAAAGCUUAAAUGAGCAAGCCCAAGUAGAGGCUCCUUACCCCUGCUGGGUUUGUGUGGAUUUUUCCGAAUACCGAUUUCGACCAGCUUUACUAACUGUCUGCAGCGGCCGAUACCCAGGGAGCGAUCUGCUUUCUGCUCGCUCCAUAAGCUGUUACAUAAUACUUCAGUGUAUUUCUCCCCGUGAGAAGAAGAAUAGAGAGAAUCGCAGGGAAGGAAAAUGAGCACAUUCAGGAGCGUAUUUGCCACCGCAGUCGUGCUUCUUUUGUGGAGGGUGGAGGAGAUCGCGGAAGCCUGUAGCUGCGCACCCGUGCAUCCUCAACAGGCUUUUUGCAGCGCAGACGUAGUGAUCAGAGCAAAGGUAGUUAGUGGAAAAGAAGUGAAUUCUGGGAAUGAUAUCUACGGUAAUCCCAUCAAGAGGACUCAGUAUGAGAUCAAGCAGAUCAAGAUGUUUAAAGGGCCAGACAAAGACAUUGAAUCUGUCCUCACUGCUCCAUCCUCAUCUGUCUGCGGGGUAACCCUGGAUUACAGUGACAAAAAGGAAUAUCUGAUUGCAGGCAAAGCAGAAGGAGCAGGCACCAUGCACGUGACCCUUUGUGACUUCAUUGUUCCCUGGGAAACUCUGAGUGUCACACAGAAGAAGAGCUUAAUCCAGCGCUAUGAGAUGGGCUGUGGGUGCAAGAUCACACGGUGCAUCUCCUUGCCCUGCACUAUCAGCACCCCAGAGGAGUGUCUGUGGACAGACUGGCUGAUGGAGAAGACUGUCAGCGGGGAUCAGGCCAAGCACUACUCCUGCAUCAAGAGGAGCGACGGCUCCUGCUCCUGGUACCGCGGGAUGGCCCCGCCCAAAACUGACUUCCUGGAUGUCGAAGACCCAUAAUGGAACAGCUACUAGCUGAACGCCCCCUAUUAGAAAUACCCACGACAAAUAAAAACAUGUAAAAACAUGUAAACAUGACAGAUGAAGAUGAUGAUUAUGAUGAUGAUGAUGAUGAUGAUGAAGGGGGGAUAUUCAUUUGUAAUUACUAGUACAUGAGAUCGAUAUAGACUGGUUGAAUGAUGGUGUCAUUUCCUGAAGAAGACUUUCUGUAGGAAACACCAUAAAUAUGUGAGGGACAAUCUUAACACAAGAGCACUUUCUGCCCCAAAAAGCGCUUAAACCUUCUUAAAUUACACACCCUGCUUACACAAACUGCAGGCCCACCCAUUACCAAACCUUCAUGUAGAUGUACAGUGACACAUAAUUCCCAAACUAAGAUGUGGCCCAAGGUCAAUUUAAAUGGAUCAGGUCGGACUUUACCAGCUCCUGAGGAUGAGGUCUAACAAUGUCUGUCUUACGUUGGAUUCUGCUGUGCAGAUGAAUUGCUUGUGAGACAGAACCAUGAGCUCCUUGCUUUGAAAAAGUUCAGUUUCCUUCAUUAGUCUCUAUAAAAAAAAAAAAACGUACACAUUUAAGAAGAAAACUGUCCCAAUUUCACAGAAGAGGAGUAGGGGUAUCAGAAGAAUAGAUUUGGAGCAGAGUGGGGAAGUUCAUUGCCUCACUUCCACACAAUUUGCUGUGGAGAGUUCAUGAUACUUGAUGCCAGCAGACGUUAGCAGAGAUACAUCAGAAUGCACAGUUACCUUCAGCAGUGAAACCACAUGAGAAACGCAGCAAGACCAGACAAUAUCGACUAAUCUGUCUCUCUGGACGUUUAAAAAAUUAGACUGCGGAACAUCUGUCUCUGGCUUUACUUAUAACGAUCUUCCAACAAAUGUAGUACAAAUCCUAAUGUAGGGCCCAAUGACAGAACACAUAUUCAAUCCGUCUACAACUAUCACAUCUGAAACCGAAUUUAGCAUUUAACACAGUUAGGUACCAACUCCCUAAAUCACUGUGAAGUUUUUUUUUGUUCAUUUUGGAAUUUAUUCAAAUGUACCAGUUGUGAUGUGAACAGGCGACUUGAAAAUCUGCUUUAGCUCAAAAACCCUUGCGUUAAUCUUACAGAUGGAAGUGUAUGUCACUGUUAACUCAGAAAUUAAGGAAACCAAUCAGUAGCCUCUCUCAGAACUAGAUUGGAUUUAUGAUUGACAACUAACAAAAACAAUGACGCUUGGAGGAAACUGCCACUUUAAAUCUAUUUCACCUUUGAUCUGUUACUUCCCUGAGCGGAUUCCAGACGUCUCAUUUGUCCAGUCCAUGCUAUUGCAGAUCUGGAAACAAGCUUGCUCUGUAUCCCUAUCACAUGUUGGCCCCUCUCCCUAACAACCCAUCAGCCAAUCCCAUCUCCCUAACAGCCCGUCAGCCAAUCCUAUCACCUCCUUGUUUUCUUAUCUGCUGACAACUCCUGCAAACGUAGCUUUAAUGUUUACAUCUACUUCACAUUUCCUUUACUGAUCAUUUAGAGAAUUAAUGGAUUUGUAUACUUGGUUAGUUCUAGAUUUGCACUUUCUCAACAGUUGCUGUAAAGAAAAACCCACACGCAUGGUCAAAAGUUGAAUAUCUGACAGGGGAACUGUUCCCGGUUUUUUGUACUUGACUUUGGUGUCCGUGUGGUUUCCUAUUUCGGCAUUGUACUCUGCCUUAUCACAUGGCAGUUCCUCUACAAUGUUUGACUGACCUUUUCCUAAGAAGGCUUUUAAUUUCGCCUGUGUGCCCAUGAUGAUUGUAAGAGUAUUAAAUGUCUUGCAGCCCUCAAGGAUCCCUGUAAAAGAGACACCUUGUAGCCUUGUUAACCUCUUCACGGUUUUAACCCUUCUCUGUCAUUCCUCCAUGCCUUCGCACAAAUCUUUUGGAGCUGUUGUAUCAUUGCACAAGGGUCCUUGUACCAGGGCUUUAAGAGGCACAAGAACUGAAGAACAUUAGAGGGUGUGAAAGUUUGUGAAGUUGGGAGAGCCCCACCAGAAAAAACACGAGUUCCAGUCAUAGAAUCGCAUGGCUUUUUGUGUGCGUCAGACUCUGUGUACCUGCCGGGUUCAUGCCCUCCAUUGACCUUUUACUGGUGUGGCUCUUGUGUCAACGCACAGAUUAGCGAACAGUCUAAAUUACCGGAAAUUAAUAUGGCAGGUUACCGACUGCCAGUGUGGAAGUUGAUUACUGAGCACAAGCUCGUGCAGGAAGUGGGUCCCAUAUACCUGCUUGGCAGAGGUGGAAAGUUCAGGUCAAGAAAGUACAAAUCCAGACCAAGAUUUUGUUUCAACCAACCAUUGGAGUACUCUGUGACUGUGACUCUUUAUACUCAACUACUUGGUAGAAACAAAAUUUUGGCCUGGAUUUGCACUGGACCUGAACUUUCCACCUCUGCUGCCUGAUUAGAUGUAUACAGCACAGGCGAGAGGCAAACUGUACAUGUGGUAAAAGCUCAAGAGAUCAGAAGUCAAGGAGAUUGAUCCCUUUCUGUUCUUUUUAUACCAAGGAUGUAAAUUGACCAGCUAGCUCGUUCGUGUACCUUCCUUUUCCAUAAUGAAGAGUGUCCUGUAUCCCAUAAGAAUCUCUUUCUCCAUCUCCAUGAGUUCAAAGGGACUUUCAAAUACCUUUGUAUGAAAGCAAUCAAGAAAAAAUGUUUACAUGCAUUUUGUAGUGUGUAUGCUUUUGCAAAGAUUAAGCAUUUUGGAAAUGAAAACAUAAUUUAAAGAGGUAGUCAAUCCAAGUUUGAUAUUAUUUGCCAUUUUCUUGUGUAUUACGUUUGUUUUAUGUUAUCACUUUUGAUUUUCAGUAUUUUUACUAGCCUUCAUCUUCUUGGAAAGUAUCGCGAAAAGUUCGAGUGUAAACCUUGUGCUGGAACCACGGGAGACCUAUCGAAUAUAAGUCAAACUAUGCAUGUCUUGUGUAAACAUUGACAACAAUGGCCAAAUUACACAGUAUUAUCAAAUAAAGGUUUAGAGUAAUGCAA